UUUCAAAGAUAUCAAAGGCUUGAUCGAACAGGAUUUUGUACUGAUGUUUGGUGAGGAUGUAUCAGGCAGGUUGCUGGAGAGGUGGCCAACAACAUUCAAAAGAAAAAUUAUCCAACAAGGCAGAAAGCUUCCUUCUACCAGUGACCUGGAAGAACUCUUGCUGGCAGCUGACUCACCUGAGGAUGGCACUGAAGUUAAUGCUGACAUUGGCUGGGACAGUGACCUCUCAGCAAUUCUAUUGCUAUUACACCUGAUUCCACCAUCUGGUCAGGGUCGGAAGAGACCAGGAAAGGUGUCAGCUUCUCAAGCAGAAAGGGUUCUUGUGGUCUUCAAGAAGACUGGAACAAAUAUCCAAGAGCACCUUGAUGCCAUCACUGCCAGCACUCAACCGUACCUCCUGGCUGUUGGGGUGAAAAAGAAUGACAUCCACCGGUUCUUCAUUAUUCUUGACAAGAAUGCCAUACCAUGCAAGUCUACCUCUUCACUUGGUUCUUUUGAUGAACUGUUUAAAGUACAUUUUGUGUUUGGCACAUCUUACAACAAUAUGCUUCACAACAUGUACACGUUCAUUCAAACCACAGGUUUUAGAAAACAUUUAAAUACCAAACACCUUAACUAUUUUGACCAACAGGCUGACACUGGUGUUAAUCUACAGCCUGAUGUGGCAGUUAAAGAAGUUAGCACUACAGGGGAGGUGAUGUCAACUAAUGUAGAAGAAACACCCACAACAUCUGAAAAGGGCAAAUACUCUAAGAGCACUUUGGAUAUGUGUGCCUCUGCUGUUGCACAGCUCAGGGCAGCUGGAUUAAGCCAAUCUACUGUGAACAGUUUUGUCUCCUCAAUGGAGGAAGUGUUUUUUGAGAUUCAUUCUCAGGCUAAAGAUGCAGCCUUACAGAGUGUACCUUUACAGUACACCACAAGUAAAAAUAAAUAUAAUAGUAAUAAAAUAAAGCAUUGGGAGUACUUUAGCCUUGAAAGAUUAGCUUUAGGACCAGGAAAGAUGGUGACACUUGGAGAGCUGGAAGAAGGUCCAGAAUUUGCUUGGAGCUGUGUUGUCUACCAGUUUGUUUUCAGCUAAGUGGAUAAUAACACACAGUACAGAGUACCGCCCUGACUUUAUCAUCUGUACAGAUGUAGUGUCUGAGAUUCUGUUUUUUUGUAAGAUCAAAAGUAUUGUUGUGAAAGAUGGCAUUGUAUUGCUCUGCGGAAAACUGAUGGAAACCCUGUGUUUUGAUGACCAUCAUCAUGCAUUUAGGAACAGACUGCAUCCCAAUAUGGUGCUGAAGGUGUUGAAGAUAAAUGAGCUGUGUUGCUUCUUCAAAUCAAGUAUGGCAUUUCAGAUUCCUCCCUGUAUGUCGUUCCAUAUUGCCGUUUUAUGCCAAACUAAAUUCAUUGUUUUAAAGUGUUUUAUACACUGCAUGAGAUGUUUUUAUAUUUUGAGCCUGACAUGAAAAUAAAGCUGUUAAAUGUAUUAUCUA